CUCCGACAUUUUCUUGUUCUUCUUCCUCCCAUCUUUGUGGCGUGCUGCGUUUUCUCACCUUUACAUUCGCUCAUCUACUCCCUUUCAACUCGCCUAUUGUCAACCUGCGAGUUCAAUUCGUUGUCGAAGAGCCCGUCACCUGACACAUAGCUAAGCCGUCAUUGUUGUCACCAACAUCUGAGACACUCCUACCAACUUUGAUUCGCGCUUGAUGGACUCAUAGUCGAUUGUUACCGUUCAAACCAAGACGAUUGGGCACUAACUACUCGUGUUCCUACAUUUCAUCAACUUGCCAACCCGGCACCUCUCCUGGCGCAAAAGUCAUGGCAGACCCCAAGAAGGAGCUGCAAGCUCCGGAUCCGCAGACGGCUGCCGCUGUUUCUGCCCCAGUAGAGACAGCCCCUUUACACGCUCCCCCAGCAGAAGUGGAAGCGAAACCGAAGGCAGAAAUCGAAAGCAGCCAUGAAGACGACCAUGGUACAAGCGAAACUGACACCGUCGAUGCCGAGGAGCGUCGCAAUGCUCUUGCUGCAACCCGAAGUGUCGCCACCGAUGCCAGCGUUAACGUGGAAGCUCUAGCCGCUAGACCGACAGACCGACCGUGGUACAAGAAGCUUAAUCCUUUGCGAUGGGGUGCUAUCCCGCCGGUCCCUGCUGAGCGCGGCAUCUCUCGUGAAUACGGUGCUAGCUUUUUCAGCCACCUUACCUUCAAUUGGAUGUCUCCUCUCAUGACUACGGGUUAUAAGAGACAGCUUCACGAGCGCGACCUUUGGAAAGUAAAUCCAAACAGGGCCGUCGAGCCACUCUCCGAAAAAGUUAGAGAAUCUUUUCGUCGCCGGGUCAAGGCUGGCACAAAACGACCACUAUUGGGAGCCCUGUAUGACACAUUCAAGUUUGAGUUUUGGCUGGGCGCUGUCUGUGCCUUUAUUGCCAUCAUUCUACAGACUAUGUCGCCAUUUACUCUCCGAUUUCUUAUCAGUUUCGCCACGCAAGCAUUCUACAACAAGGAGCUUGGGGAGGCUCCUCCACCAAUUGCCAACGGUAUUGGUCUUGCCAUUGGUAUUGCUCUUAUGACCAUGACACAGAGCUUGACAACUGGCCACUUCAUCUACAGAGGUAUGAUGCUGGGAGGACAAUCCCGUGCAGUCAUGAUUGGUCUCAUCUAUGAAAAAGCCAUGGUACUCUCUGGCCGCGCAAGAGCUGGUACAUCAAAGGACUCGCUGCUCCUCCGCGAUACAUCCGACUCGGAUGACAAGACUGCAGACAAUGGUGAAACCAAGGCACCCAAGGAUGAGAAAAAACCAAAAAAGAAAGCCAAAAAGAGCAAGCCUGGUGACGAAAGCAAGCCAUCUGGUUGGGCCAACGGACGAAUUGUUAACCUGAUGAGUGUUGAUACUUACCGUGUUGACCAAGCUUGUGCUUUGCUGCAUAUGAUUUGGACUGCUCCCGCCUCUUGUGUCAUCACAUUGGUUCUUCUCCUGGUCAACCUUACCUAUAGUGCAUUGGCUGGCUUUGCUUUGCUGGUUUUUGGUGUUCCUCUUCUUACCAAGGCCAUUCAGAGCUUAUUCCGUCGCCGCAAAGAAAUCAACAAAAUCACCGACAAGAGAGUGUCUCUGACCCAGGAGAUUGUCCAGUCUGUUCGAUUUGUCAAGUACUUUGGUUGGGAAACUUCAUUUCUGAAUAGGCUCGCAGAAAUCAGGUCCCAGGAAAUCUCUGCUAUUCAGGUCCUCCUUGCCAUUCGAAAUGCCAUCAACGCAGUCAGCAUGUCGCUUCCCAUCUUCGCAUCUAUGCUUUCCUUCAUCACUUACUCCUUGACUGAUCAUAGCCUGGAUCCCGCCAAGGUGUUUUCUUCUCUGGCCCUGUUCAACGGCCUCAGAAUCCCUCUUAAUCUGCUGCCGCUUGUCCUAGGCCAGGUGAUUGACGCUUGGUCUUCGCUUAAGCGCAUUGAAGAAUUUCUUCUAGAGGAGGAGCAGGAAGACGAAGCUUUAUUUGAUUCUUCUGCUAUGAGUGCUGUUGAGAUGCAAAAUGCAGCCUUCACCUGGGAAAAGACAGUUGCCAAGGAAGAGGAUGACGCUCCUGCUGAUGCAGCAAAGAAACCCAAGUCUCCAGCCGCCUCAAAUGAGAAAUCCGAAAACAAUGAAGCAUCAGCAGCAAAACCUGAUGCUGUGGAACAAGAGCCAUUCAAAAUCAAGGAUCUCAAUUUCAGUGUCGCUCGAAAUGAACUUGUUGCUGUUAUUGGUUCUGUCGGCUGUGGUAAAAGUUCGUUGCUGGCGGCUUUGGCGGGCGACAUGAGAAAAACAGAUGGCGAAGUCAUCUUUGGCGCUUCCCGAGCCUUUUGUCCACAGUAUGCUUGGAUUCAGAACACCUCCCUUCAAAACAACAUUACGUUUGGCAAAGAUAUGGACCGGGAUUGGUACAGACAGGUCAUCAGUGCAUGCGCUCUUCAGUCUGAUCUGGAUAUGCUUCCUAAUGGCGACCAGACCGAGAUCGGCGAACGUGGUAUCACCAUUUCUGGUGGCCAAAAGCAACGUCUCAACAUUGCCCGAGCAAUUUAUUUUGAUGCAGACAUUGUUCUCAUGGAUGAUCCUCUGAGCGCUGUCGAUGCCCACGUUGGUCGCCACAUCUUUGAUAAUGCCAUCCUUGGCCUUCUGAAAGACAAGUGCCGUAUUUUGGCCACGCAUCAACUCUGGGUGCUCAACCGCUGCGACCGCAUCAUCUGGAUGGAUGCCGGUAAAAUUCGCGCCAUUGAUACGUUGGAUAACCUGCUCCGAGAUCAUCAAGAGUUCCGCACCCUGAUGGAAACGACAUCUGUUGAGAAGGAGAAGGAGGAACAAGAAGAGGCAGAGGUAGACAAAGAUCAAGCGGGCGAGGAAGGUGAAGGCUCCGCCGGCGCUGCUACAGCACUGAAAAAGAUUGAUACCGCUGAAGAACGAAAGAAGAACAAAAAGGCUGUGGCUUUAAUGCAAAAGGAAGAGCGAGCAGAGGCAGCUGUUCCUUGGUCUGUGUACACUGCUUACAUUCGCGCUUCAGGAUCUCUUCUUAAUGCACCGCUGGUGAUGAUUCUACUUAUCCUUUCCCAAGGCACCAAUAUUGUCACAGGUCUGUGGCUUUCUUGGUGGACUUCUGAUAAAUUUGGAUACUCCACCGGAAAGUACAUUGGUAUCUAUGCCGCGCUUGGUGUCGCACAGGCUGCUCUGAUGUUCGCCUUCUCAGUCUCGUUGACAAUGUUUGGCACCAUUUCCAGCAAGGUCAUGCUCAGCGAAGCUGUGACACGGGUUCUACGUGCUCCCAUGUCCUUCUUCGAUACCACUCCUCUGGGACGCAUCACCAACAGAUUCUCACGCGAUGUUGAUGUCAUGGAUAACAAUUUGAGUGAUGCUGUCCGCAUGUUCUUCCUUACAAUGGCGAUGGUGACUUCUGUCUUCAUUCUCGUCAUUGCCUACUUCUACUAUUUCGUCAUUGCUCUGGUACCAUUGUACUGCAUCUUCGUCCUGGCCGCUGCCUACUACCGUGCCUCAGCCCGCGAGGUAAAGCGAUAUGAGUCAGUGCUUCGAUCUGGCAUGUUUGCCAAGUUUAGCGAGGGUCUAACCGGAGUUGCUUCUAUCCGCGCGUAUGGCCUCAAGGACCGCUUUGUCAAGGAACUGAGAGAGUCUAUUGAUAGUAUGGAUGGUGCCUACUUCCUAACCUUUGCCAAUCAGAGAUGGCUCUCUUUGCGAGUCGACUUGGUCGGAAACCUGCUAGUGUUCACUGUCGGAAUCCUAGUGGUGACCUCGCGCUUCAGCGUCAACCCAUCUAUUGGUGGUCUCGUUCUCAGCUAUAUCUUGUCAAUUGUUCAGAUGAUGCAGUUCUCGGUUCGGCAGCUUGCUGAAGUGGAAAAUGGUAUGAACGCCGUCGAGCGCCUAAGGUACUACGGCCACGAGCUGGAGGAAGAGGCGCCUUUGCAUACUGUUGACGUCCGACCCAGCUGGCCAGAGAAAGGAGAGAUUGUGUUUGACAAAGUGGAGAUGCGGUACCGCCCCAACCUGCCCCUAGUCUUGAAGGGAUUGUCUAUGCACAUUCGUGGUGGCGAGAGAGUGGGUGUUGUUGGCCGUACCGGUGCAGGAAAGUCGUCUAUUAUGAGUACACUUUUCCGACUGGUGGAGAUUUCUGGUGGCUCCAUCUCUAUUGAUGGCCUUAACAUCUCUACUCUUGGACUUUCGGACUUGCGAUCACGCCUUGCCAUUAUCCCUCAAGAUCCGACAUUGUUCCAUGGCACUGUCCGUAGUAACCUGGAUCCGUUUAAUGAGCAUGAUGACCUCGCGCUCUGGUCUGCUCUGCGCCAAGCAGAUCUUGUAUCAGGCGAACCUGGCAACGAAGGCAAUGCGACUGGCGACGCACCUCGUAUUCAACUGGACAGUGUUGUUGAGGAUGAGGGUCUGAACUUCUCCCUGGGCCAGCGUCAGCUGAUGGCUCUUGCCCGUGCUCUGGUCCGCGGUUCUCAAAUCAUCAUCUGUGACGAAGCUACUUCGUCUGUCGACAUGGAGACUGAUGACAAGAUUCAGCGAACAAUGGCAACCGGUUUCCGUGGCAAGACGCUGCUCUGCAUUGCCCAUCGCCUGCGCACUAUUAUUGGCUACGACCGCAUUUGCGUCAUGGAUGCUGGUGAAAUUGCUCAGCUUGAUAGCCCUGCCAACCUCUGGCAUAUCGAAGGGGGCAUCUUCCGCGGCAUGUGCGAUCGCAGUGGCAUCCGACUUGAAGAUAUUGAGCGCGCCAGGGACGAGAUGGCAAGCUUGGACAGCGUAGCUCCUGUUGCCAGCUCCUAAAUAGUGCUUUGGGCCAUUUUGGGCCGCUUAUUUCAUGUACAUAGAGUGAUUUGACUUUUUCUUAUAUAGUUACAGAUAGGCCCGUGGGCCCAGAACAUGAUGCGAUUGCAUCGAACAUACAAAAGCUACAGCACACCUGGUAAUAUAUAGAACGAAAUUGGAAUGAUAUAUUUAACCACGGUCUCACUAUCACUUUUUGAAGAGUGA